UGACAUCUCGACAACGACCUCGACGGGCCACACUUCUCCUCGUCGGCUUAUCUGCCCGGCAGGCGGAUGCAGAGGACCGCCGCAGGCAUCGGUCGAUAAAACGCUUUUAUAAAAGGAGCUCCGGGCAAUGGCCAGAAGCACCAGACUCGCGGCGUCGCAGACGAGCCAACAAUACCUCGGUACACUCACGAGCAUCGUCAAGAGGGUCGAUCAGAUGCUGCGCGCCAUCAAGACCAAGUUGAUAAGAUGGAAUGACAGUCUUGUGCAUGGAAGAUCGAUCGUUAUCAAAAAAGCAGACGCCACUCCUUCGUCGUCAAAGGCGAUCGCGUUGCCCGAGUCUGCCGAAGUCGUUAUAAUAGGGGGAGGAAUCGCCGGGAGCAACGCCCUUUAUCAGCUGGCUAAACGAGGACUUCGGGCGGUCCUCCUCGAGCGUUCGAAGCUGACCGCGGGCACGACCUGGCACACUGCCGGCAUCGUCUGGAGUCUGCGCCCCUGCGAGAUCGAGAUCGAGCUGCUGCGCGCCACCCAGGAAACGCUCGAGGAGCUCGAACGGGAGACGGGCUCGAGCGCCGGCUGGACCAACAACGGCGGCCUAUUCAUCGCCCACAGCGAGACGCGCAUGGACGAGUACAGACGACUCGUCGACAUGGGCAAGGUCUUCGGGGUCGGCGCGAGUAUCCUCGGGCCCGAGGACGCCCGCGAGCUCUUUCCCCUCCUGAACCCCAAGUCCUUCCAGGGGGCGAUAUUCUCGCCCAGGGACGGAUCGAUCGAGCCAGCGGCAAUGGUUGCCGCCCUCGUCAAGUGUUCCGCUAAGCUUGGCGCGCAGGUGAUCGAGAACUGCCCGGUGACGCGGAUCCUGACGACGCGGAAAACCUUCGGCUUGACACAGAUAACCGGGGUAGAGACCGACCACGGCAUCAUCCGUACGAACUGCGUACUAAAUGCCUGUGGCGCCUGGUCCAGGAGCAUCGCAAGGAUGGUGAAGUUGGACAUCCCAUUGACUCCCAUGAAGCACGCUUAUAUCAUUACCGAGCCCAUGAAGAACGUGAGGGGGGCGCCCAAUAUACGCGAUCACGACUUCAAGAUCUAUUUCAAAGUCCAGGGGGAGUCGCUAAGUAUCGGGGGAUACGAGACCAAUCCCAUUAUUUUGCGCUGCGUGCCGCAGGACUUCGCGUUCGGGCUUUACGAGCUCGAUUGGAACGUGUUCAACGCGCACCUGGAAGCGAUGGUGAAGCUGGUGCCGAAGCUCGCAACGACGGGGAUAAAGUCGGCGGUCUGUGGUCCGGAGAGUUUCACGCCCGAUCACAAGCCGAUAAUGGGCGAAGAUCCGCGCUGCGACGGCUUCUUUUACUCAUGUGGCUACAACAGCGCGGGCAUGAUGUACAGCGGCGGCUGCGCUCAGCAAAUCGCCGACUGGAUCGUCAACGGCAGGCCCAGGAAGCACAUGUUCUCUCAUGAUAUUAGGAGAUUCACGCCCGACCAAACGAAGGAUAAGGUUUGGGCGAACGAAAGGACUCACGAGGCUUAUGUCAAAAAUUACUCCAUAAUCUUUCCACAUGAUCAGCCGUUAAGCGGAAGAAAUUUCAAAACCAGUCCACUUCACGAAAUGAUGAUAAAUGAAGGCGCCGUGAUGGAACAGCGACAAGGAUGGGAGAGACCGGCGUGGUACCUGAGGGAAGGCACAGCUCCGAUUUUACCUUACGAUUAUUAUGGGAAUUAUGGCACAUCGAAAAACGUGAAUCACAAGUACGAAGAAGUUUUGGCACAAGAUCACACCUUUAAUUUUCCUGUUCAUCAUGCUAACAUAAGGGAUGAAGCAUAUGCUUGCAGAAAUAAUGCGGCUUUAUUCGAUAUGUCGUGUUUUGGGAAAUUUUAUCUCUGCGGUCCAGACGUUCAAAAAGCUGCAAAUUUUAUUUUUACUGCAAAAACCGAUUCGAAUAUUGACAAAACAGUCUACACGUGCGCUCUGAAUAAGCACGGAGGUACCGAGGCCGAUUUGACAAUUACCUGGAUAUUGCCUGGAUCAAGUAGCGUAAUCGAUCCUAUUUUCAAAGGAAAAGCCUUGUACAUAGUCUCUGGAAGUAUAUCAUCCUAUCAUACGUGGGCUCACAUCAAUAAAACUAUUGCUGAGAAUAAUUUCAAUGUCAGUUUACACGAUGCAACUCACCAAAUAGGAAUUUUAUCCCUCCAAGGUCCAAAUAGUAAAAAAAUAUUACAAAAUAUAGUCGACGAGGAUAUUAAUGAUACGGAACUUCCAUUUUUAACAUCUAAAUUGGUCAGGAUUAAUGGGAAGCUUGUCAGAAUAUUUAGAAUUAGUUUUGUUGGCGAACUGGGUUAUGAAUUGCAUAUCCCAUUACAAUGUUGCAAAGCGAUAUAUCAAGCAAUUUUACAACGUGGAAAGCCAUAUAAAGUGAAACUGGCUGGCUACAGAGCUUUAUACAGUCUCAGUUGUGAAAAAGGAUAUCACUUAUGGAAUGCUGAUUUGAGAGCAGAUGAUAAUCCAAUUGAAGCAAAUUUAGGAUUUAUUUGUAGAAAAAAUGGAAAAUAUUUAGGUAGCGAUGUUGUUGAAAAUUUGCGCAAAAAUGGAGUUAAAAGGAAAUUGGUAACGCUGCACAUCAAACAGCAAGUUCCAAUAUGGGGAUUAGAAACAGUUUAUAGAAAUGGUGAAAUAGUUGGUUACUUAAGGCGUGCUGAAUAUGCUCACACUUUUGGUUACAGCAUCGGUCAUGUAUAUAUUAAACACCCUCGCAAUGAAAUUGUAACGACAACAUUCUUAAAGUCUGGCAAAUACGAAGUGGAAAUAUUGGGCCAAAUGUAUCGAGCAGAAAUAUAUUUGAAGAGCCCCUUUGACCCAAAUAAUAAAAGAUUAUUAAAUAAUUAUCAUGAAUUAUAA